AUGCUGUCGAGACAGUUCGGCAGAGAGACCGUGAAUUACUUUUCAAGCUCUCCAAUCAACCGUCUGUCGUUUUUGCGCUCAGAUCACCCAUUCUUGUCUACAGCCCUAAAACAUCCCUCCGCUCGAUUUGUGCUCUUGAACAACCUUGCACCGUUGACCUCGACGUCAGCACAGCUCCACUUUGCCAAGCAUGAAGAAGUGCAGCGUCUUGUGCCCCAGGAUACCUUCGACACAUCCGAGGAGGACAUGCUUAAGAACUAUGAUUCACGCAAGACACAAGCAACCUUGAUCUUCCUGGGUCUGGAUGAAAGUCGCAAGGAAGGAGGCUUGGCGUUCAAAAUUUACCAGGGAACACCUUUCUUUGCAGUUGAUGUCACUCCCAAGGGAUCUGAAGACCAGCAGGUUGCAGCCAAAGAUGUUAUCAGCACUGCGGAGGCAAAGGGACUGUCCUUCUUCCAAACACGAGUUCACAUGACAUUCUCCGCAGACGAAGCCGCAAUCUAUGCGCAAGCCCGUGCUCUUAUGGACUGGAACACCCGCAACACAUUCUGUGGGACAUGCGGGCAUCGCACCCUAGCCAUCAAUGCAGGAACGAAGCGAGCCUGCCCUCCCACAGACGCUGCGAGAAUUGCCGAGGGUAGCAAUGUCGAACGGCCUGAAUGCAACACCCGCACUACACUCUCGAACCUUUCAUUCCCCCGUACCGACCCGACGAUCAUCGUGGCGGUUGUAUCGGCAGACGGCAAGCGCGUGCUGCUGGGCCGUUCUAAGCGGUUCCCACCGAACUUUUACUCAACACUUGCUGGCUUCAUUGAACCCGCAGAGUCGGUGGAAGAUGCCGUGCGCAGAGAAGUGUGGGAGGAAUCGGGUGUCACUUUGUCCCGUGUUGUCAUUCACUCAUCUCAGCCGUGGCCGUACCCUGCCAAUUUGAUGAUUGGUGCUCUUGCGCAGGUCAGCGAUCCCGCGCACGAGACGAUCUCCCUACAGCAUGAUCCUGAGUUGGAGGAUGCCCGGUGGGUUGAGAUCGAGGAGGUUGAAGAGGCAUUGCGCAUUGGCGCCAGCAAUCUGGGUGCCGAGGCAAGUCCGGAGUACAAGGGUGGUUUGCGAUUGCCUCCACCUACAGCAAUCGCUAACCAGCUGAUCAAGGCUGCUAUUAGCGCUGAAUAUUUCGCAACUGACAAGCAGUCGAAAAUGUAA